GGGAACUGUGGGAAGGCUUUUUGUUGAACUUGAGACGCACGCCUUCGUCUUCGCCUUCGCCAUAACUAAAUCAAAAAUAAAGAAAAAGAAAAACGCAUAUAAAAAUCCCAAUAUGUUUAAUUUCUCCUAAAAUUUGCUCCCAAGUUAACCGUGAAUUCGGCCUCCGGCAACAACAGCUUCACAGCAAAGAAACGAAUCUUGCUCUUAUUUUCUUCUUCUUCUUCUUCUUCUUCUUCUUCGAUUAAUUUCGAGGUGCUGCAAUCAUCGUCCAAAGGGAUUCUUUGAACUCAUUUCCUCGUGGAUGAUUCUAGAGAAACAAAGUUUAUUUUAUUUUCAGUUUUUUCAAAGAAAAAAUUGAUCCUGUUCCUGAUCGUAUUUGUUAUUAUUAUUAUUAAUCUAUUAUUAUUCGUAUGUGAGUUCCUUGAUUGCCAGUGUAUGCGUGCAAGCUUUCUGUGUUGGAUCAGGAUCACCUGGAAUUAGAAGUAUGCAAGAUUUCACACAUAGCUACAUUUUUGAUACAGGUUCAAUCAUGAGAUUGAAGAAAGGAAACAAGGUUGAGAUCUUGAGCCUGAAGGAGGUACCCGUGCACUCCUGGCGCUGUGCUAAGAUCAUCUCAGGGAAUGGUCAUACCUAUCAAGUGCAGUAUGAUAUCCCCUUAUUUGACAGGGGUGAUGCCAUUGAAAGAGUACCGCGAAAGGCCAUUAGGCCAUGCCCUCCUCCAAUAGAUAGUCCUGGGAGUUUGGUCCCCGGUGAUUCUGUUGAGGUCUUUGAAAAUAACUCAUGGAGUGUCGCAGAAGUGACAGAGGUUGCUUAUGGAGGUUUGAUCUCAGUUAGGAUUCUUGGGGCAACUAAGGUUACCAGAGCCCACAUGUCAAAUAUUCGGCUGCAGCAAGAUUGGCAGGACAACAAAUGGGUUGUUAUUCAUCAGGAGCCUAGGAAAUGUGACAAUGGAACCAUAAAAGGACAGUCAAAGAAUAGGAAUGUAAGCAAUGGGAUGCCUCAGUCAUGUCUUGAGUCGAGAAACUGUUCUGGAGAUGGUUUAUCUUUUGCCAAAAAACAUUAUGAUGCUGCAGAUUAUGCCAUCAACCUGAAGAAAAGAUGCCGGAUUUGUCUUCCACCUGUUGAGGAUGGUAUUGGAGCCUGUAGGAUGAUUGGAACUGUCAAGAAAGAGGGAAGAUGCAAAACAAUGACUGUAAUGGCUUCAUCAAAAUCCCUAAAAAAGGUAAAUGCCGUUGCUUCACCGUGUAAACUGCUCGGUGGAAACUACAUGAAUUCUUCCUUAAACAACAAUAGGGCAACUGAAUUUUUUGAAACAGACUCAGACUGGGCAAGGCCUAAUGAAGACAGAUAUUUCUUUCUAGGGAGUUUAGACUCUAAUGAUUCUGAAUCUGUUGGUAGUUGUAGUAUUAGCAGUAUUCCAAAUGAGUCAGCUGAUCAUCCAGUAAGUAGUCCAACCCCUGAAUUGGAAAGUCAAGAUGAUGAAGUGGAAGCUUUUAUUGGGGCAGGAAGAGAAACAUCUUGUUCUUACGAAGACUUGGCAGCUGAAGUCCAUCGUCAAGAAUUACAUGCCUACAAAUGCACCAUAAUGGCAUUAUAUGCAUCUGGACCUUUAAGUUGGGAGAAGGAAAAUCUGUUGACAGACCUUCGUCUCGUGCUUCAUAUAUCGAAUGAUGAACACUUAUUAGAGGCCAAUGUAGGAGGUUUGUAUUGUUGCUUCCAAAGGUUCAAGAUGAUGGUGGGCUUUGUCACCACUCUUGCACUUCAGACAGUAUGCAACAUUUCCAUCUGGUUGUUGCAAGUUGCAACUAAGUCAGUAUGGUUUGUUUUUUUUAUUUUUAAUUUUUUAUCUUUACUUCUAUUUCUUAUUUUUUUCAGGCAUGUCUGUCUGCCUGCAAUACAUGCUUUAUAGAAAUAAACUCAAUUCCUCGAAUAUACCAGCUAGUCUUUCAACUUGGAUUCUUGAAAGUUUCACUUGCAGAUCUAUUGAAGCGUGCUAUGCAUUGUUUUCUUUUGCAUUUCAAGGAAGGAUGGUGGUGGAUUUGUAAGCUUAAACUAAGGAUUGAUUCAACUAUUAUCAGAACUUGAUAAUUGUUAGUAGCUGCAACCCACAUUGGUUUAAAAUAUUAUCCUUUUUUUUCAAACAGAAGCUGGAAUAGUAAGCCGAGUUUUAUGCACUUAGGGAUUCUAAAAGAUCUCAAAAUUUUCUGGUCUUUAUUGACGGACAUCUUUCGAUUUUGGAGGAUAGGAUAAGAUAUCGGCUAUUCUUUACUUUAAACCUUAUGUAAAAAACUUAUUGCAAGUCAAUGCUAUGAAAUGUCCUUCAGGCAUAGAUGAUUGAGAUAAUACUUCAAAUUCUAUAAGGAAAAGCUGCUUCAACUCAAGUGUUGUAAUUUACUCACUAGAAGUGAAAGCAUGCCUGCAACUAGUAUAUUUUUCUAACUUGCUAAUUUCUAGAAACAGAAGAUAAACUAGUUUCUUGUUGGCAAUUUAAUUCUUUUGGUUUAACUUUAUGCGGCCAAUGCUAUAUGCUUUUUUUGUUUUUCUUCUAAUUGUUUGUUAUGCAAAAUAACUUAAAUGUUUACCACUGGGCAAAGCUAAGCCUGUUUUGUUUGAGGAACUCUUGCUUUUGUCUGGGGUUUUCGCAUACCAAUUGUUGACAUAUGUAAGUCUUCUUAUAGUUGAUGCAGCAAACCAAUGAAUGAUUUAUACAUGGUAUUUAAUUAUGAAGUUCUGAAGAUGGGAAAGCAUUUCUGUGGUAUAGGAACUAUAUCUUUAGAUGGCGCUUGUAAUCAAUGAAGUGAAUUAUGGAUCCCAGGUGAGAUUGGUACAGAUAUGUGGUAGAAAUUUCAGCUUCAUCACAGCUCAUAGCCUCUUGCCUCAAGUUGAAAGUGGAAGACUCUUACCAAUGGGCCGAGGCACUUACAGAAACAACAGUGGAUUGGUUUCUCAGCAUUGUCUUAAGUCCGAACUGGACAGAUAUAUAAUAUUGUCAGGUGAAAGCAACAUGGAACUGUGGAACAUGGACAAAUUGGAAUACUUGUGCGGAAGAGGGAGUUUUUAUCAGAAACUUUGAUGGGUUACAAAGUAUUGGAUUGGACCUCUGUUAGGACGGACCUAUAAACUCCGAUUGGUAUCACUUCCAAGUUCCAACACCGGCUGAUGGUUGGUUGUCUCUCUUUUCCUUUGAAUCUUGAUGAGUGCACGGUCUUCUCAUGUAUUGUUAUAUGACGUGUACCUUGCACAAAGAGAUAGGAGUGGGGAACUGCUUUAAGCUUCUUCUCUUCUGUAGGAAUUCUACCCUGAAUAAAAUUGUAAAUAUGUGCAAGCUUGAGUUAUAUGUAUUCCAUUGAAAAUAUAUCGACAA